AAUCGAAUGAAUAUAAAAAUCCCGCACGAUAAGUUGGAGCCGCCCGCUGCAGACACGCUCCCCGUCCCCGUGGUGACAUCGUAAGAGUAUUAUAGGAGCCACAGGCUACAGUGAUUUCCAUUAAGAGCGGUGGGCGGUGCGCGUCCACAGCUCCUCUCUUAUUGCGGUACACGCCGAUGCGCGUCCGUAAUCACCCAGCCGUCCUCCAACCUAACCCCCCGGGCGAACCAAUCCGAGCCGAAGUCAGCCCCGAACUGCGCCGACCCGAGUCCACGGUCCCUCCGCCGCGCUCAGAGGCUGGAGAGGCGGAACGAUGACCUCUUAGCGCAUCUUUACGCACCAGACCCGCCGCCCGCCUCUUAAAAACACGCGCCUCAGCCUCUUUACGUUCAAGUCGCUCGCCGAGACCAUGGAAGCAGCAGGUCCAAGGACCGAUCUCCUCCUCUCCCAGCUGCUGCUUUUAAGCCAGAUAGUUGUGGCAGCAGAAGCGCUAGUCCAGGGUCUGAGGACACGCCCUGAAGACACCGACUGGUCCUACUCAGGUACCCUGAACCAACGCAACUGGGGAAGGAAGUAUCCGUCCUGCAACAGUGCCAGACAGUCACCGGUGGACAUCGAUGAGACUUUCACCCAGGUCAGGCUGCAGUACCAGAACCUACAGUUGGAAGGCUUUCACAAGUUGACAGCAGAGUCAACCAUCAUCCAUAACAAUGGGAAGACUGUGGCCAUCAAUGUGGAUGGGGAGUUCUUUGUGAGUGGAGGAGGUCUAAGCUCCAGGUUUCGUGUUGGUAGAGUCACCUUCCACUGGGGGCGCUGCAACGCCUCAUCAGAUGGGUCCGAACACAGCGUGAACGGGAUGAAAUAUCCCCUGGAGAUGCAGAUCUACUGUCAUGAUCCAGAUGACUACCAAAGUCUGGAUGAUGCUAUCAAGGAAGGAGGAAGGGUCGCUGCCCUGGCUGUGCUCUUUGAGAUUACCCUUGAAGACAAUGAAAACUACAGGCCUGUCCUAGAGGCCAUCAACGCUGUCAGCAGAUUUGGCAAGAGUGAGUCAACGGAGCCUUUCAGCUUGAGGUCCUUGCUGCCUAAUAACACAGAUAAGUACUACAUCUACAACGGCUCACUGACGUCACCCCCCUGUUCUGAAGUGGUGGAAUGGAUCGUCUUUAAACACACCGUGGCCAUAUCAGAAACACAGCUGGAGUUGUUUUGCGAGGUGAUGACCAUGGAGCAGGCGGGGUACGUGAUGCUGACCGAUUACCUGCAGAACAACUUCAGGGAGCAGCAGCAGUUCAUGGGUCAGGUGUUUGCCUCCUACACCGGAGUCGAGGACGUGCUCACGCCCACCUGCAGCUCUGAGCCCGAAAACGUUCAGGCUGACGCUCAGAACGACACCACCAUCGUGGUGACGUGGGAGCGCCCCCGCGUGGUUUACGACACCACCAUCGACUGGUACACCGUCACCUACCAGCGGCUGCAGGGCCGAGACCAGAACAAGAUGGAGGACAGGACGGACGGAGACCAGGACGUGGGUGUAAUCAUCUCCAGCCUGCUGGCCAACAGCAGCUACGUGGUUCAGGUGGUGGCUGUUUGCACCAACGGUCUCAGGGGACGAUGGAGCGACCAGAUUAUAGUGGACAUGCCUUUAGAAGAUCCAGAAAGCGAGUCUUACCCCGACCCCGUCAGGAAAGACGUUGAAGGCAACAAGGAGGCCUCAUCUGGAGCUCACUGGGAGAGGCCAGAGAACCAGAAUCAGGUGGAUUUGCUUCCUGAGGACCACAGCCCAGUGGAGGAGGUCCCAGUGGAGCAGACCAGGGUUUACCAGAACCAACCCUUUGACCAAACCCAAGCAAAUCAGAACCUCCCGGUGCAGAUCGGCACCCGUUCCACCCCAAAGACUAGCUCCGACUCCACCGCGCCGCAGAAAACUCGACUCAACCAGAACGCGAGGAAGAAACCGGGCAGAAACAAGUCGAAGCUCGAUGAUAUGGAUUGGAACCGCGUUGAUGGCGACCAGCUGAUCCCAACACACCGGCCCUUCACCAAUGGAGGCGUGGACGUCAAUAGCGCGAUCUGGGCCACGGAUCAGCCGGGCUUCCUGUUUCCAGUUGCUCGGACAACCACGCCGCCGACCAUCCGCCGGCAAAUCACAGAAGAGGCCUCGUUGUCAGUGUUGUCGCAUCAGGCAAGUGAUCAUGAUCCACUGGGCCAAGAUGGUGAAAAUGGCCUCAGCUCUUCCCAGUCGGACCUGUACACCCCUCCCGUGGAGGACGUCCAAGUCACAGACAUCUUCUAUGAAGAUGCAGUCAACAGUUCUCCUCUGGAAACCGUCACCUCAUCUGCACCAGUGUCUGGUGCUGUGGUGCCAGGUAAUGAAGUGGACAAAGGCUCCGAGUCGUCCUCCGAAGACAACGACGGCCCCGUAAACAAACCAGUACCCAAAACAGUCUCAUCCUACACUCCCUCCUCCCUCUGGGUCACGGAAAAGACGGCACCUGCCAGCAACACGCUCGCCAAUUCAGUCUACAAAUCGCUCACCACCUCGUCUCUCCUCAGAGUGUUGAUGCACACGACUCAGCCCAUGUUCAACGAGGGCAGCAACAGCAGCCACGAGUCCCGGGUUGCCCUCGUUGAGGGCGUGGAGAGGGAGAAGAGGACGGUCAUUCCCCUGGCCGUCGUCUCCACUCUCACCAUCCUUUGCCUGCUGGUUCUGGUGGGCAUACUCAUCUACUGGAGAAACUGUUUCCAGACGGCCAACUUCUACCCGGACGACAGCACUUCGCCUAAAGUCGUGUCUGCUCCGUCCACCCCCCUGCUGCUGGCCACAGAUGGUCACGAGCCUCUGACGGUGAAGCAGUUUGUGAAGCAUGUCAUGGAGCUCCACGCCACCAACACCUUCUGCAAAGAGUUUGAGAUUGUCAAAGAAUCCUACGAGGAGGUGCAGGCGUGCACGGUGGACAUGGGCAUCACCGCCGACAGCUCCAAUCACCCCGACAACAAAAGCAAGAACAGAUACAUCAACAUUCUGGCCUAUGACCACAGCAGAGUGAAGCUCUCCAACAGUUUGGACCGAGAUGGGAAAUGCGGGGACUACAUUAACGCCAACUUUGUCGACGGCUACGAGCGAACGAGGGCAUACAUCGCGGCUCAGGGGCCCCUCAGAGCCGGCAGAGAAGACUUCUGGAGGAUGAUCUGGCAGCAGAACAUCGGCGUUAUUGUCAUGAUCACUAAUCUGAAGGAGAAAGGGCGGACAAAAUGUGAUCAGUACUGGCCGGACGAGAACACGGAGGAAUACGGCUCCUACCAGGUGACCCUGAAAAACACCAAGACCCUGGCUUACUACACGCUGCGGGCGUUUACUGUGAGGGACACGUCGAAUAAGGCGUCUCAAAAGAAAGUGGAGCACACGGUCCUCCAGUACCACUACACCCAGUGGCCAGACAUGGGCGUCCCAGAGUACACCCUGCCCGUGCUGUCCUUCAUCAGGGCCUCGUCUCAGGCCCGGACGCAGGAGAUGGGACCUGUCUUGGUACACUGCAGUGCUGGUGUGGGACGGACAGGAACCUACAUAGUGAUCGACAGCAUGCUGCAGCAGAUCCACGAUCAAGGGACAGUCAACGUCCUCGGUUUCCUGAAACACGUCCGGACUCAGAGGAACUUCCUGGUUCAGACGGAGGAGCAGUACGUGUUCAUCCAUGAUGCUCUGGUGGAGGCCGUCCUGAGCCGGGACACCUCCGUGACCUCUGAGCUCCUCCACACGUACGUGUCCGACCUCCUGACCCCCAGCGCAACAGGCAGGACGCGCAUGGACAAACAAUUCAAGCUGAUUAGUCAGCGUCAGGCCAAGCACGCAGACUACAGCACCGCCCUGAAGGACGGCAACGCUGAGAGGAACAGAGCCAGAGCUCUGAUGCCUGUGGAGAGAUCAAGAGUCUCUCUGACCGCUUCAGAAACAAACUCCACGGGCUACAUCAAUGCCUCCUACGUGAUGGGACGCCACUGCAGCAAGGAGUUCAUAGUGAGCCAGACUCCUCUGAGCAGCACCGUGGAGGAUUUCUGGAGGAUGAUCCUGGAGCACAACACAUGCACCGUUGUGCGUCUGCCAGACACACACAAUCAGACUGAAGCGGGGGAUCGUUGCGUCUACUGGCCCAGUAAAGACCAACCAAUGAUCUUUGAAGGUUUCACUGUGUCGUACUCCGGCAAGGAGCACGUGUGUCUGUCUAAUGAUGAGAGGCUCCUGGUGCAGGACUUCACGGUGGAGUCUCUGCAGGACAAUUACGUCUUGGAGGUGCGUCAGUACAGCGCCCUCUUCUGGCCCAACCCAGACAGUCCCAUCAGAAACAGUUUUGAUGUUGUCAGCAAAGUCAGAGAGCACAGCCGACCGAGCCAAGGACCCACAGUCGUACAUGAUCCUUUGGGAGGCGCUACGUCCGGGCUGUUUUGCGCCCUCACCACCCUCUCGAGCCAGCUGGAGGAGGAGGGAGCGGUAGACGUCUACCAGGUGGCACGAAUGACCAACCUCAUGAGGCCCGGGGUGUUUAAUGAUGUAGAGCAGUACCAGUACCUGUACCGAGCUGUGCUGAGCCUGGUGAGCAGCCAGGAGGACCAGAGAGCCUUGCAGAGUCCGGAGACCAACGGGUCUGUGCCGCUGGGACAGAACAACAUCGCAGAGAGCCUGGAGUCGCUGAUGUAGACACACACACGCACACACACGAGCAAAUUUAACACACAAAUACAGUAAACAGAGGAGAGGAGCACACCUUGCAUGUGAUGAGGGAGUAACAUCUCAACAAUAAUCUCUUAGAAUGAACAUGGGCUCAACGAGCAGACUCUCAGCUUUAAUUUGAAGGUGUUUACAUUGGAGUGGGAGGAAGAAAUCUUCUCCUUAUGCUGGUUUUAGAUCCUAACCCUCAAAUUAAAGCUGAGAGUCUGAACUUAAUGCCCAGCUACAACUUGAACAGGUUUUGGGAAAUUAACAAAUAUCGUAUCGGCGUCCAAAAUGAUACGGACGUAACCGCGUAAGAAUCCAGUAUAGUCCGGUCUCUUCACUCUGAGUCACAUGUUAUGAAAACCAAACGUCACUUUUCCUGACGAGUGAGGCCCAUUACCAGGAGCUCUAAAUACUUCUGCUGUCUGACACAGUAACUGCACCUAAAAGCUUUUAGCCAUUCAAAGGAUUUCUUUUCAUGAACUCACCCAACACGUCUGUCGGGUUUAGUCAGACCAUUAAAAGUGACCUUUUAUCCGUGUGUCGGUGUUAGCCCGCGCCGCAGACAGAGCCACGGACGUGCUCCUUUCUGCUGUUAGCCCUCAAAUCAGACGGAGUGGGCAACGUCCUGUCAAAGAGGGAAAGGUACUGCUUCAUACUAAGGCACUCUUUAGAAAUGAACAAAUGGCUUUAGGAAUGGUUAAAGGAACUCCCAACAUUUCUAAACACACAUUUUGCUUGUAAGAAAACGAAAAACCUUCAUUCUUAGCUCACAAAAAGGUUGAAAACAGCAGCACAGGAUUGUUCUUUAAAUGAUGUAUCAACUAUUAAUAAAGCCAUUAGUUAUUGAUACCAUAUUAGGUACCAUGAAAAGCUUGGCUGCCUUAUCAGCAGGAACCUGCAAACAUUCCACCUUUAUACGUGCAGGUUGUCAUCACAGAGCCUGAGGAAGCAGAGAGAAAGCCAAACAGCUAUUAAGAGUAUUCUGUUCAGCUAAACACACACGCUAUGUACAAAUCAACGCCAGUGGAACUGAUGUUUCUUAAUGGUGGGCGGAGUCUUCUUAAUGAUUCCAGUUAUAGAGUUAUCUUAAAUUCAUUACUUCUGAUUUUCUUUAAGAUUUUUUUUUUUAUUAUUAUUAUUAUUUGUGGCUUCUUUACUUACCCUUUUAUCAUUUCCAAUGAUCUCCUGAAGUCUGUCUUUCUAUUAAAAACAGAAAUUCAAAAAAAAAAAAAAAGAAAAUCACCUAGUGAGUGACAUUUCUGAAACACAUACUUAGAAAUGAAAGUCGUCACUUGACGUUAAAAAGGGAACUAAUGCAAGAAAUGACACUUUCUCAAACUCCUGUUUUCCUAUCAAAUAUUUUAUGCACUGCACACCAGCCAGCAGGUUUUGGGGCUCAGACUACCACGACAUCCUUAUCUCUAUAUAAGAAUGCUUUUCAUAACCAAAUUCUCUUAAGACGUCACUAGUGAUAAUGUAACGACUGCUAGUCUUUGCUGUCUCCUGUCCACUGGCUCCAUGGUUCCUGGUACCCAGUGCCUUUUGUAAUUCACGUUAUGGUACUUAAAACCCAUUUUGAUACAACCGUGCGACUAAUAUGCCAAAACAUUGAUGUGUUAUUUUUCUAAGGUGAUAUACUGUUGAGCUUAUUAGUGAAAUGUCAUCGGCCUCGGAUGUUUUGUAAAAGUUUCGGUCUGGGGUUCUGCUCACGAAUUAAUUUUUUUGAAACCAGAAUAGCAGCGAGGAACCUCUAGCAGAAUAAAACAUAAAAGAUAAUCUGAAAAAAAAAUAUCUUGUCAUUCAGUUGAGACUGUUAGAAAUACUCACCAGAUGCAAUGAAAAGAAGGACACACAGCUGAACUUGAGUCUUGUUUCCAUACAAAGUUCCCGGAACUUUUAGUUUUUUAAAGGAACUAAAAGGUUCCUUCAGACCACAUGUUGUUACUGCCAUAUAAAGUGAUUUACAUGUAACUUGACUUGUGUGACGCAGCUAAUACUGCUAAUAACAUUGACAAUGAUUCAGUCACAUGAAUCAUUGCUGGAAAAAAAGUGAAAAAAGUGGUAAUAAAGCCGAAAAUGCCUGAAAUGCUACACUUAGAUGUUCAUAUAAACCGUUCAGCUUUUAAACCGUAAAUCCAGCUACAGACUAAUAAAGGCUGAAGUGGCUAAAUAAAAAACUGCGAGCACUUGACCAAACAGAAAAGUUCAUUACUGCAAACCCCACCCCCAGUGUUGCAGGGGCUUAUGGGUUUGAAUUUAAUCAGAUCCUGGUCCCUCCAGUGGAAAAACACUGAAUACCUUCAAAGGUUCCUAGUUCUUGAGGAAAGUCGCUGUGGUGGAAAUGUGGCAUUAUUGAUAUUUCAAGAGACUUUCCGUUCUGUUCACCCUCAAUGGCACAGACGAAAAAUAAAAUUCAGAAGCUGAGAGCUCUAACUUUGAAUUUUCAGUGUCACUGGAAUUUAAUUUAGACCCUGGCCCCUGUUGUGGAAACACCCCUGAAGCUUCCUAGUCUUUGAGCAAAGUUCCUGCGGCGGUGAUGCGGCAUUUUUGAUAUUUGGGGAGACUUUCCAUUCUGUUUAUCCUCAGUGAUACAGAAAGAAAUUCAGACAGAGAGCUCCCACUUUGAAUCCCCGCAGUUCCGUCUGCGUCCCUGUGCCACUUGCUAUGACUGUUUAAAUCUUUGAAGGAGCCCAAAUGCUUUUGUUGCGUCAGACACGAUCCAUCAGCCUCUGAAUCACUUCCAGACACGCUGCCGCUUCUCUCUGUGGCUGUUUUGCACCUCACAGGUUUCUCAUUUGGAUUCGCAAAACGGCACAAAAAUCAUUGAGGAGAAGGCGACUGAACACGCUCGGUGAUUCAGGCCUGUUCUAACUGGAAUAAAACUCUUUCUGUGUAUAUAGCCCUGAAUACACCUAAGGCCAAAUUACUGUACGUUUAUACUGUACCUCUAUAUAUUUUCUAUUUUACUAUCAAAGGUGAUUUUCUAGUCAUUUACACAUACAGUAUAUAUAACUGUGUGGAUUCUAUUUGAUAAUUUUAGCCUGGAAAUAUUGAUCAUGUUUAUAGUUUUAAUGGAAUGUUAUCUCUUUUUAUCUCUAUGAUUACGGUAGCAUCUUAAUGUCUAUAUCUCCAGCCAUAAACUGGUGCAGUUGUAUAAAGCAAAAUUAAAGAUUUGUUUCAAACCUUG